AUGGGGCAUCAAGAGUACUCCUCAGAAUUCAAGAACCAAGUGGUUCAAUUCAUCAUUGGAAGGUGCAUCGACAUUGUUCCUCCUCGCGGCACACUUAAGGAGGCACAGCUAAAAUUGAAAAUCUCUCGUCAAACCUGUAGACGGUGGUGGAAUGCUGCAAAGAAACAACAACAAAGAGGAGAAUCAAUGCAAUUGGUAAGUCUAAAAAAAGUGAGGUCUUACCCCAAAAAGUUACAUCUGGAUGUUGAGGUACUCAAGAGUAUGCAUUUCUUAAAGAGAUGCAACCUCUUAAGUGUGGCAGCCGGUUUGGGUUGUUCAAAAGCAACUGUUUGGAGGUGGGUUAAGGCUGGCCUAAUUAGGCCACACACAUCAGCCAUUAAGCCCAGCUUAACAGCUGCAAACAAGCUAUUGAGACUGAGAUUCACAGUUGAAUCUUUAGAACUAGACAGGAUCUUGAACAAGAUCAAGUUCAGGAACAUGUACAACAACAUACACAUCGAUGAAAAGUGGUUCUACAUGACAAAAGGAGCUCAAAGAUUAUAUCUUGCUCCAGGAGAGGAAGAACCUCAUAGAACAUUUUGUAGGCCAUUGUUUGGCGUUAAUGGUGAAGUCUUGUUUGAUGGAAAAAUUGGAAUUUUUCCAUUUACCAAACAAGUUCCAGACAAAAGGUCAAGAAAAAAUAGAAAGGCAGGCACUUUGGAGACAAAACCCAUAGAAAGUAUCACAAAAGAUGUGACCAGGGACUGCUUGAUCAAUAAGAUAUUACCUGCCAUCAUAGCCAAGUGGCCUGAUGGGACAACUAAAGUUCUCAAGAUACAACAAGACAAUGCAAGACCACACAUCAAAGACAGUGAUCCAGCUUUCAAAGAAGCUACACAACAAAGUGGUUUCUCAAUAUCACUUGUGCAACAACCACCUAACUCACCUAACACUAAUGUCAAUGAUUUGGUCAAUGCAGUGGUGCAAUCAUUCAAUGAAUUACAGCCACAGACUUUGGACAAUGUUUUCCUAAGUCUUCAAGGCUGUUUUAUGGAAAUCAUGAAAGUCCAGGGUCAUAACAGCUACAAGCUGCCCCACAUAGGAAAAGCACAUUUAAGGAGGACUAAUCAACUUCCAAUGGAUCUAGAAGUUCCAGUGGAACUGGCUAUGCAAGCAAUUGCUUAUCUGAAGGACCAAGGGAGCAACCAGGGAUUGGAGAUGAUUGCUCAGUCAUUAGGAUUAUGA